AGAAGAGCACGUAGUGGAGAACUCUUGGGUGCAGACAAGUGGAUGAUUAAUGAAGUAGCAUCUGAAAAACCCAGGGAACCAAAUGUAGGUGGAGCAACUUCCCUGCAACACACGUUGAAGCUGCUGCAGUGGCUAUUCUUCCCCUCCCCUUGGAAAGGCACCAAUAGCUGGCCUUUGGAAGGGCUGGUGGACUGUGCCCUUCUUUCCCUUCAGAGAACCAGUGUCCCUGUGACUCCGCCCACUCAUCUGGCCACCAUUGCCCUGAGCUGCCAGGAGCCUGGAGAAGAUGAAGGCAUCCGUGGUUCUCUCCCUCCUUGGCUACCUGGUGGUUCCAAGUGGUGCUUACAUCUUGGGGCGUUGCACAGUGGCUAAGAAACUCCACGAUGGAGGCCUGGAUUAUUUUGAGGGCUAUAGCCUUGAGAACUGGGUGUGCCUGGCCUACUUCGAGAGCAAGUUCAAUCCCAUGGCCAUCUACGAGAACACACGUGAUGGCUACACUGGCUUCGGCCUCUUUCAGAUUCGUGGCAGUGUCUGGUGUGGCGACCAUGGCAGGAACCGCUGCCACAUGUCAUGUUCUGCUUUACUGAAUCCUAAUUUAGAGAAGACAAUUAAAUGUGCCAAGACCAUUGUAAAAGGAAAAGAAGGGAUGGGAGCAUGGCCCACCUGGUCCCGGUACUGCCAGUACUCCGACACCCUGGCGCGGUGGCUGGAUGGUUGCAAGCUGUAGCCGCCUGCAUGGCCCCACAGUUGUGAAUGAAAGUGCUUUUCUGCUUGCUGCUUCAGUCAAUCCUGUUGAUGAUCUCACCACUUUAAAAGCUCCAGAUGGAAAAGGACAAAAGUUUGCUUCAUCCGGGGAUGCAGGAUGCAGAAUAAAUCAAACUAGUUACUCAA